GUCCGAGGACCUGGGGGAACUCUUCUCAACAUAACACCGGCUUUCAUGGCUUCCGCUAGCUUCAUCGGUUUAAAAGCAAGUGGUCGUGUAGAUGUCAGAUAAAGUCAUCAGACGUCCAGGGGUUGGUGUCGGGGUGCUGGUGACAGACUCUGCCCACCCAGGAUGUGUUCUCCUGGGGAAACGGAGAAGUCCAGUGGGCAGGGGCACACACCAGCUAUCCGGUGGGCACCUGGAGUUCGGGGAAACCUGGGAAGAAUGUGCUCAUAGAGAAGUGCUGGAGGAAGCUGGGGUGCACCUGGUGAAUGUUCACUUUGCUUCAGUGGUGAACUCCAUCAAGGUGCAGGAUCAGUAUCACUAUGUUACCAUCAUCAUGCAAGGAGAACUGGACAGGAGGCGGUCUGGAGAACCUGAAAACCUGGAGCCAGAAAAGAACGAAGGAUGGACAUGGACUUGUUGGGAGGAGUUUCCUCCAGAGCAGCAGCUCUUCCUGCCACUGGCUGGGUUGAGACAACAAGGCUUCCAGCCGUUCAGGAACACAGAAACGUGACAUUUCCUGUUGUGUUUUUGUCCUAAUUGCAACUGUUCCCAACAACGAGCAAUUUACCUUAAACAUCUUCUUACUGGUUGUAGAAUAACCUGUAAUCUAUUUUUUUCCUGUUUCAGAAUUUGUUUUUUAUUUAAUUGUGACAGUUUGAGACAUUCACAACACUAGCAGAACUUUUAUUCAAAUGUCAUUAAAUCAAUAUAGUGAAUCAGAUGUAGAUCAGCUCCAAGAGUAGAUAUUUAAAAAAUAUAUUUGUAAUUAAAUUAGUCAUUUUUAACAGAAAAGCAUCAGUUUCUGCUUGAAGCUCCAUAAGCAUUAUUUUCUUCAAAGUCAUCCAAUAAAAUGCUUCUCAC